ACCUCUUCUUCUCACAUCACUCCUUCCUCCUCUUAGAUUCAUUUGUCAUCUCCAUUCACUGCAAAGAUGAUGAAAGAUGUAUUCAGACCGACAAAAUCCGCUCCGUGUUCCCCCGCAAAGCCACUCGGUCUCUCCCGCACACGGUCUGAAUCAUUCCACGCUAUCCACAAAGUUCCCAUCGGAGACAGUCCGUACGUCAGAGCCAAAAACGUUCAGUUGGUAGAGAAGGAUCCCGAGAGAGCAAUUCCUCUGUUCUGGUCCGCCAUUAACGCCGGAGACAGAGUGGACAGUGCUCUCAAAGACAUGGCCAUCGUGAUGAAGCAGCAAGAUAGGGCAGAAGAAGCUAUUGAAGCUAUUAAAUCUCUUAGAGUCAGAUGUUCAGAUCAAGCGCAGGAAUCUCUUGACAACAUCCUCUUAGAUCUCUACAAGAGAUGCGGGAGAUUAGACGACCAGAUUGCACUACUGAAACACAAACUCUUGUUGAUACAGAAAGGUCUCGCCUUUAACGGCAAGCGAACCAAAACCGCAAGGUCUCAGGGGAAGAAGUUUCAAGUCUCAGUGGAGCAAGAAGCCACGCGGUUACUUGGGAACUUAGGAUGGGCUUUGAUGCAGAGAGACAACUUCGUGGAAGCCGAGGAUGCGUACAGGAGAGCUCUGUCGAUCGCACCGGACAGCAACAAGAUGUGUAACCUCGGGAUCUGUCUUAUGAAGCAAGGAAGGAUCGACGAAGCCAAGGAGACGUUACGACGCGUGAAGCCGGCUGUUGCGGAUGGUCCUAGAGGAGUUGAUUCGCAUCUAAAAGCUUACGAGAGAGCGCAGCAGAUGCUUAGUGAUCUUGGAUCUGAGACGAUGAGAAGAGGUGGGGGUGAUAGGGUUGAGCAGAGGAGGCUUUUCGACGCAAUGUUUGGUUCUUCCUCUGUAUGGCAGCCUCAGCCUUGUAGAGAACAGAGCGUGAAGGCGGCUAAACCGAAGCAGGAUUUGAGUAAUGAUGGGUACGGUGACGAGAACGUGAAGACGAAUGUGAAUGUGAAUGUAGUAGCAAAUAUCCCAUUAAGGGUGGAUGCAAAACCGUUCUUCUCUUCCAAGUUGGUGAGCAAUAACGAGAAGCUGAAGAGGACGAGAUCGUCUAGCCAAACGAUGGGGAUGUUGUUGAGCUGUGGUGGUGGAGGUGGUGGUGGUGAGGGAGAGACAAACACGAAGAGGAGAUUGUCAAUGGAGAAGAAAGCAAUAGACUGUGGAUUACCAGACAACAAGGAGUUUGAAGAAGCAAUGAUCAUGGCUGUUUUGGGGACAGAGACCAAAGUGGUGGACAAGAAGAGGCUCAAGGUUUUUCAGGACAUCACUUUGUCCUCCCUAAGCCCAAGAGCCUGAGGAGCUAUAUCUAUCUCAAAUAAAAAAUCUCUAACUAGUCUACUUUAUUACCAUUCUAAUUUAUUAUUAAGUAAAGAAAAGGAGAUGAGCUCUUAUUCUCCUGGGGUAAUUUUUCAUUAAUGUUUUUUUUGUCAGCUUUAAGUUGCUACAUUGUUCACUUCACAAUUAUUGUAGUUUGAUCAAUAAUAUAAAAAGUGAAAGUUAUAUGUUUCUU